UGAAGUUGCCUGGACAGUUGAUUAGCAAAUGAGUUCUUAGCUGUUGAUGUUGGUGAGAAGUCAACGUCUGAGGCCAGAAUGUCUUUCAAGGAUGUGAGGGAUCUCGCAGAGCACUUGAAGCUGUUGGGCUUUCCCCGAGUUUUCCCGCUACAGUCACUGGCUACGCAGUACGGCACCCUGGCUUCCUUUCACAUAGUAGCCGAGGUGCUGCAGUGGCUGGCCGGACUAUUGGAGCCGGGGGCGCAGCUGCCCGGUGGUGUGGGUAGUGAGGAGGAGCGCGUGCUGCUCAUUCGCUCGGCCACAGAGUUUUUUGUGACCAAGUCGGCCAUACGAUUGAAUCCCCGCAAGCUGUAUGCCGCUGCAGCCGUGACUGCCCCGGAGUUGCAGAAGAUUACGCGUCUCCUGAUCGCACCCACGCAGACAGAGGCGGAGCGGGAUGAGGAGGAACAGCUGCUGCAGCAGCAGUACCGCAGUCUCAACCAAGUGGACAUUGGGGACAAGAUGGAGGAUCUGCGACGGGCGCGCGAACUCUCCUCCGACUUGACGCAGCGCGGGGCUGCCCUCUACGAUCUGCUCUCUAAGGAACUGCUUAACAAGGAGGCGCGUCUGGCGCAAGCUAACCGACCCAUGGAACUGGUAGGGGUGGAGCGCACGCUCAAGCAGGCUAUUGCAGCGGCGCAGCUAAAACUGCAGGCGGGACGGGCCCAACUAGAGGGGGCGCGGGUCGAGCUGAAUGCGCUUAACUCGAAGCUGCAGCGCAAGCGGGCGGAGCUGGAGCGGACCAAGCAGCGACUGGAAGCCCUGCAGAAAAUACGGCCGGCCCACAUGCAGGAGUUCGAGGACUGUGAGAAGGAGCUGCAGGAGCUGUUCCAACGCUACUUUCUGCGCAUCCAUGUGCGUGACGCACUGCGCGCUCAACUUGAAGCGCGCACUAAGCGUGCCACGCCCAUCUCUUCGCCACUGCUGCAGCCGAAGCCCGCCGAGAACUCCAUGCCCUUCAUACCGGAGGGCCUAAUCGAAGACGACGACGAUGACGACGAGGAUGGUGACGAUGAAGGCAUGGGUCUGGCACGUCACGGUAGUUUCGGUCUGGACUCGGAAAUUCCCGACAUACGCGACGAGGAUCUGAUGCUACAGAAUGCCAUGAAUUCGACUGCAGCUCCAGGCAAGCGUCCGGGCACGGCCACUUCACGCAUGCGACCCACCACCGGUCGCAGCCGCAAGGGCACGGCUGGUGGCAACACCUCAGCUGCUGCGCCACCCACACGCAACGGCCGUGAGGGACCUGGCAGCAGUAUGUUGAGCACCCGUGCAUCUGUCGGUGGAGCUGCAGGGGGCGGACGUGGGGCCGAUGACGACGACAGCAGCUUUGGCAGCUCGGAGAGCGAUCUCGAUGUGGGCGACCUGAUUGGUAUGAGCGGACUUGGUGGAAAUUUGGCCGCCGGCGACGAUGACUUUGAUCUGAACUCCAUCGACGACAUCAGCAUCCUGAAGCUGACGGGCGAGCUGCCGCUGCGUCCAAAAACGGCCAGCAAGCCGGAGCACCACAGUGACGAGGACUUCUAG